UCUCACUCUCUCUCCUCCAACUCUCACGACGUACUGCGUGCACCAGUACCAACUCGCGAGCCGUUUGCUUGUCUAGUGCAGGCAGGCUCUGCUCCUUGGCCAUUCCGGGAAGCUCUCUGCCUCUUGUAUAGCAGAGGAUCAUGAUCAAGGUCGCGGCACCGGAGGCUGUCGCCGCAGCCGAGGCGGUCUCGUCGGCGCUGCCGGAGGCGACGAUCUUCCGGUCCAAGCUUCCGGACAUCGACAUCCCGAGCCACCUGCCCCUGCACGAGUACUGCUUCGCCAGGGCGGCCGAGCUCCCGGACGCGCCGUGCCUCAUCGCCGCGGCCACGGGGAGGACCUACACGUUCGCCGAGACGCAUGCGCUCUGCCGCAAGGCCGCCGCGGCGCUGCACCGCCUCGGCGUCGGCCACGGGGACCGCGUCAUGAUCCUGCUCCAGAACUGCGUGGAAUUCGCCGUCGCCUUCUUCGGCGCGUCCUUCCUCGGCGCCGUCAGCACGGCGGCCAACCCGUUCUGCACCCCGCAGGAGAUCCACAAGCAGUUCGUCGCCUCCGGCGCCAAGGUGAUCGUCACCCAGUCCGCCUACGUCGACAAGCUCCGGCACGAGAGCUUCCGGAGAAUCAGUACAAGCGGUGGCGAGGACACGCUCACCGUGAUCACCGUCGACGACGAGGCGACCACCCCCGACGGAUGCCUGCCCUUCUGGGGGAUCGUCGGGUCCGCCGACGAGGGCUCGCUCCCGGAGGUGUCCAUCUCGCCGGACGACGCCGUGGCGCUGCCCUACUCGUCGGGCACGACGGGGCUGCCCAAGGGCGUGGUGCUGACGCACGGGGGCCUGGUGUCGAGCGUGGCGCAGCAGGUGGACGGCGAGAACCCGAACCUGUACAUGCGGGAGGGGGACGUGGCGCUCUGCGUGCUGCCCCUGUUCCACAUCUUCUCGCUCAACUCGGUGCUGCUGUGCGCCGUGCGCGCCGGCGCGGCGGUGAUGCUGAUGCCCAAGUUCGAGAUGGGCGCCAUGCUGGCGGGCAUCGAGCGGUGGCGGGUGACGGUGGCCGCCGUGGUGCCGCCGCUGGUGCUGGCGCUGGCCAAGAACCCGGUGGUGGAGCAGCACGACCUGAGCUCCAUCCGGAUCGUGCUCUCCGGCGCCGCGCCGCUCGGCAAGGAGCUCGAGGACGCGCUCCGUGGCCGCCUCCCGCAGGCCAUCUUCGGACAGGGGUACGGGAUGACGGAGGCCGGACCGGUGCUGUCCAUGUGCCCGGCGUUCGCGAGGGAGCCGACGCCGGCCAAGUCCGGGUCGUGCGGCACGGUGGUGCGCAACGCGGAGCUCAAGGUGGUGGACCCCGACACGGGCCUCUCCCUCGGCCGCAACCUCCCCGGCGAGAUCUGCAUCCGCGGCCCGCAGAUCAUGAAAGGCUACCUGAAUGACCCCGUGGCCACGGCCGCGACGAUCGACGUCGAGGGGUGGCUCCACACCGGCGACGUCGGCUACGUCGACGACGACGACGAGGUCUUCAUCGUCGACCGCGUCAAGGAGCUCAUCAAGUUCAAGGGCUUCCAGGUGCCGCCGGCCGAGCUGGAGGCUCUGCUCAUCGCGCAUCCCUCCAUCGCCGACGCGGCCGUCGUACCGCAAAAGGAUGACGCCGCCGGUGAGGUCCCGGUGGCGUUCGUGGUGCGCGCCGCCGAUUCCGACAUCGCCGAGGAGGCCAUCAAGGAGUUCGUAUCCAAGCAGGUGGUGUUUUACAAGAGGCUGCACAAGGUGUACUUCACCCACGCGAUCCCCAAGUCGGCGUCAGGGAAGAUACUGAGGAAAGAGCUCAGAGCCAAACUCGCCUCCCCUGUCACUGCCUGAACAACUACUACUAGACUACAUCCAAGAUGUCAUUUUUUGACGGCCGGCAACUCCAAGAUAUACUCCCUUCGUUCCAAAGUAAGUGCCGUGGUUUUGAUUCAAUUUUGGAACGGAGGGAGUAUAUGUUUGGCCGCCUUUGUCAUUUGAAAGAUUGUUUUUUGCCUGUACCAUGUUUUUGUAUGCUAUAUACUCUCUCCAUUGAGUAGAUGUAUCAGAAUUGGUUCAUUUUGAUAUCAACUUGUUUGCGCCAAAAGCUUAAAUUGAAGCAGCAUUCAACA